AACCAAACAGCCAAAUUAGAAUGUUUCUCUUCGACACUGUCAACGAAUGGAAUUAACACGUGCUGAGCGACAACACGCACGUGCCACCCAGUGAACCAUUUCCCAAAACACACACUUCAAUCAUAAUCAACCCAGACUGGCGCACUAAAAUCUCCCAAAAUUCGCCAAAUUCGCACACAAUCUUCACUCAGAUUAUCUCAAUCCAUAGCUCUACUCUCUAAACAGAAAAUACUGAACUGGGUUUCUCUCUUCUAUGGAUUCGAUCCUCACCUGAGACUACUAAUCUCCAUUGAUUCCAUUCAAAUCGGUUCGUUUUUCCAAUUCAUAUAUGUUACAUUUUGUUCCUUAGACUACUUAUCUCAUUCUUCACUUGGUCUUCGAUCCACAAAUUCUAUUAUUUUCUUACAAAAUUGUUUUAUGUUGGCUAAAAUUGCUUUAAAUUUAUUUAACCAGAUUGUACUGAACUGGGUCUCUCUGUUCUGUUGAUUUGAUCUGUUCUUCAAAUGGGUUCCUUUUGCAAUUCACAUAUUAUAGUGUUUUCUUUUCGUUUCUUAAGAAAAUCUAGUAGUUUAUACUUCUUUUGAUCUUCGACUCUCAAACUCUAAUAUACAUUUGUAUGUUUUAUUGGCUAAAUUUGCUUAAAACUUGUUUAAUUAGUGAAACUUGAUCAAACCCUUAUAAUAGAAUCCAUUCUCUAUGCCUUGUAAUGGCUUCGAUUCGGAGAACUCUCUCAAUGCAUCAAGACCGUCCGUAUCAGAACGGAGAGAGCCCAUUUUCUGUAUCGUCACCAUCUCAUAAAGUUCUAUCUAAGAGUAAAUUUUGGUCUCCUGUGUCCACAUUUGAUGUUAGAAUCCGUAGUUUUCUUGCUGGUGUUUUCUUUCGCAAUUACAUUCGUAAAGGCCACCGGACAUGGAGGAAACAUUUUUAUGGGUGCUUGUUGUUUUUCUUGAUUGGGCUUUUGUUAGGUAUGUUAUCAUUUGGUAAUAUUGGUGUUAAAAAUAGUGGUUUUUCGUCUGAGAUAAAGCCGGAGCCGGUCAAUGUUAAAGAGGAUGUUAAUGAUGUGGUUGCUAGACCGGAGAAUUUAGUGGUGGAUAUGGUGGAAUUAGGUGUUGAGAGGAGGUUGAAUGUGAAGGAGAGGUUUGAUUUGGUCCCCCGGAAACAGCUAAUUGUGGUUACUCCAACAUAUAAUCGUGCAAUUCAGGCAUUUUACUUGAAUAGAUUGGGGCAGGUGCUUAGGCUCGUUCCUCCACCCCUUGUGUGGAUUGUGGUGGAAAUGAAUUCGGCAUCAAUGGAAACUGCUGAGAUACUGAGAAAAACUGGUGUUAUGUAUAGGCAUUUAGUGUGCCCAAAAAGUUCAACGAGCAUAAAGGACCGAGGUGUUCACCAAACGAAUACGGCUCUUGAGCACAUUGAGCGUCACAAACUUGAUGGGAUUGUUUACUUUGCAGAUGAUGAUAAUAUCUAUUCACUCGAGUUGUUUGAAAGCAUGAGAGAAAUCAGCCGUUUUGGCACGUGGCCUGUUGCCAUGCUUGCACCAAAUAAAAACAGGGCAAUAUUGGAAGGUCCAGUAUGCAAUGGAAGUCAAGUAAUUGGAUGGCACACAAAUGAGAAGAGCAAAAGACUGCAUAGAUUUCAUGUCGAUAUGUCAGGGUUUGCAUUCAACAGCACCAUAUUGUGGGAUCCGAAGAGAUGGCACCGCCUCAAUUCUGAUCCAAUUCGACAGUUGGACACUGUGAAGGAGGGCUUCCAAGAAACCACAUUUAUAGAACAAGUGGUCGAGGAUGAAAGUCAAAUGGAAGCUAUACCCCUUGGUUGUUCAAGUAUAUUGAAUUGGCAUCUUCAUUUGGAAGCUCGUGAACUUGUCUAUCCAAGAGACUGGCUGCUUGAGAAGAACCUUGAUGCUGUUCUUCCCGUCAAGUGAUCUUACUUUAACCCUGCAAUAUGGAUGCAGGGAGCCCAAAAGAGGUUUGAUAUUGAGUUGUAUAUUUAUGCACUUUGAGCUUUUAAAUAUAUACAAUUCUCUGACGUUGUUUGUUCGGGAGGUUGGCUUACUUCAAUAUGUGUGCGUGCCUGUGGGGAAAAAAGUUCCCUUUGCAUUUUAAGUUGGGUUAGCAAGUUGCCGCCAUAAGCACAGCAGCAAUGCAAGGUUUCAAGCUAAUAGAUUACAAACAAAUAGAAGAAUCGGUGUUUGUAAGUUGAUAGAUUUUCUCCUCUAUAUUCUUUCCCGGAAAGAAUUACAAUUUUGUUGUAAAAAACGCGUUGUUUUUUCUUUUGUGUCAAGGGUGUAAUUGCUUCUUAAAUUUCCUCAAAUGAUUCACAUCCCAGUUCCCGUA